UUGAGGAGGUCACAUGACCAUAAAAUGGUGAAUGCACUCGGCAGUGGAUGAGCUGAGCAUCCCUGACGCUGAGAGAUACAGCCACACAUCCAUGAUCUAAAACCCAGAGAAGGGAACAGAGGUGUGCCUCAACCGUGGUGUUCCCCUUCUGGCAAUGUGGGGAUGGACCAGACUUAUGAAAGCAAGAUGAGUUUUGAAGGGGCAGAGAGUAGACCAGCUCCACCCACCUCACUGCCUCUACAGGGCCAAGGGGGUGUGUCUUCUCAGAGGAAAAAACUGUCCGCUCCCCGUAUUAGUCUUUCAUUGGACCAAAGUGAGGAUGACCUGUUUGACACGCCAGAUGACCUCGACAUCAAUGUGGAUGAUCUGGACACACCUGAUGAAGCAGAUUAUACAGACCAUGAAAUAGACUGGGAAGAACCUCAAGCAUCCCAGCGAGAUUCUGUAAAAGAAACAGUUGAGUCCAUUCCCACAUACAGUGCUGAGGAGGAACGGCAGGAUUCCAAACUCUGGAGAACGGUCAUCAUUGGAGAGCAAGAGCACCGCAUCAACAUGAAGAGCAUUGAACCCUACCAAAAAGUCAUAUCCCAUGGAGGCUACUAUAGCAAUGGUGCAAAUGCCAUCAUUGUGUUUGCUGCGUGCUUCCUUCCUGACAGUGAUAGAGAGGACUAUCACGAGAUCAUGGAAAACCUCUUUCUGUAUGUUAUCAGUACACUGGAGCUCAUGGUAGCAGAAGAUUAUAUGAUUGUUUACUUAAAUGGAGCCACACCACACCGGAGGAUGCCUGGCCUCAAUUGGCUCAAGAGAUGCUACCAGAUGAUUGACAGGAGGUUGAGAAAGAACCUAAAAUCUUUCAUCAUUGUUCAUCCGUCAUGGUUCAUUAGGACAAUUCUAGCCAUCACAAAACCUUUUAUCAGCUCAAAAUUCAGCAGUAAGAUAAAAUAUGUGAACAGCUUAGCUGAACUGGAGGAACUCAUCCCAAUGGAGUAUGUCCACAUACCUGAAUGCAUCGUCAGAGUGGAUGAGGAGUUGCGGGAAGCUGCGGAAAGCUCUAGAAUCAACAGCUUUCUCCAAGGAAGUGAGAUUCCACAAGAACCUAUAGCUCAGCCCAAUGCUAGCAGUUCAUAGGAACCAUUGGAUGUCGGUACAAGAACAAAACUGUAUGUCUGUAAAGGAUGUUUUGAGUAUUUCAAAUUGUAAUGAUUGCACACUGGUGUGGAUACAAUAAUUGCAUAAAAUAAGAGAAAUGUUAUUUUUGUGCUUUGGUGUCUCACAGUGCUGGGAUGAAUAGAGCAGAAUCACGUUCUUGAAAACAAAUCACCUCUAAUACAAUAAUUCACACGUUUGAAUUUGCACCACAGAACAGUAGCUUAAACCAGCUCAGUGCUUGAAAUAUACUUUGUCUCUUAUUGUCUUGCGAAGGUUUCUCUUGUUACUUGAAUUUAUGCAUGGGAGGCAUUUUAGCAAUAAUAUCAUGUUGUACUUUUCCCCUUAUAAGGCUCAUAAAUUUUCAGUCAGGUAUUUUUCUAAUUGGAGCAUGUACAAAGGGCAAAACAGACAAAUAAUACUGUCACUUCAGCUGUCCAGUAUAAACAUUAAUGCAUGCAAAGUAAUUCUAAACACAAAGGCAAUUUGUAGCACCCUGUUAGCAUGAUUGCUAACUCUUUAACCUCUCAUGCUACUGAUAGCACACUCCAAGUUAUUUACCACCUUUGUCAGAAACAAAGUCAGGUUUACUUAGCAUAGGUUCAAAAGAAGCAGGGACAAAUCAUUUGUAGCUCUUAAACGUGAAGUGUGUUGGUAAAUGCUUUCACUAUUACUAUAAGCCCUUCAUAGACUGACUUCUUGAAAAAUUCAAUAUGUGGCUUUUUAAAAAUGGUUUCAAAAUUGCUAAAUGUACACAACUUGGUGGAUGCUGCCACAAGAGGUGGCUUAAAGGUGACAUUGGAUGCUUAUUAAUAUGAUAAGGUCUUAAUGAAAAGUCUAUAUUAUCUUCGGUUAAAGUUCAAUGGCAGUGUAGAUAAACAGCAUUUACUCUGUCACAAAAACACACAGUUUUAGUACACAGUGAGCCAUUUUGCUUUAUAUCUCUUUAAAUACUAAUGAGCUGCUGCUUCCCAUCCCUUUCUGAGGAUGCAGGGUCACAGUUGUGUUUAACCUACUGAUCUAUUCUGUAGAAGCUAAACUAGCAUAGUACACACACAGCACUCAACUAAAACUCGAGCAACUGCUGACUUUUGUCUGUAUUUCUGACAAACAAAGUAUUAAAAUCUGUUUUCACAAUAUGAUGACUAAAUGUGAUGUAACAUAAACAAACAUCUAUACAUAAUAAAAGUGAAACUUCAGUAUUUAACAAAUGUUAUUCAUUUGUGUAAAUCAACAACACCACACUGACAAACAAUGCUGUGAACAUGAAAGAUGAUGAUCUGAUUCUAAACAUAAGUGAACUUAAACUGGCGUAACCAAACUAAACUAAUUCAAAUGAUAUACAGUAAUCAGCAUUUAUAAGUACACCCCCCACGAAUCUAUCUUUUGAAUUCAUAUUUUUAAUAGGAAGCUCAACAAUAUUUUAUUUGUUCAUAUACAUUAGAUUAGUCAGUACUAAAGCCAAAUCUGGAGCUUAUCUAACAAAAUAACUUACAAUAACGGUUCAAAAACUAGUACACCCAAACUUAUGUUAUAGAAAAAGUUGAAGAAUGUAGUUUUUGUAGAUUGUAAUUUUUUGCUAUUUUUAGCUUGAAUUGUUUUAUCUUUCAAUAACUAAAUAUGUUUGGUGACUAAAAUAUUAUUUUAUAAACAUAUCAGUUUAAUAAACCUGUUUAGUUUAAAUGCACUAAAAUACAUUGCCUAGAUUCACUGAGAAAUGGAUAGAAAUACUCAUUUUCAAAAUCAGGUGUACUAACUUAUACUGAGCACUGUAUAUAAAAAAUGCUUACAUAUCUUUUAGACAAAUUGUAGGUACAACUACAUCCUUUAAAUGCAAUUUUUAUAUGAGUUUAGCGUCAAUUGUCCUUUUAGUUUAGCGUUAGUUGUUUUGCACACACAAGCAAGUUUUUACCCCCAUUUUUAGGACAUUACCUUUAUAUUUAAAGCUAAUUCAUCUAGCUGUUUCCUCUUCUAAAGCUGAGAUUAUGUGUAAUAACACAUGUGAGACUUAACAUCUGAACACGCUGAGCAGACUGCAUGCCAGGAUCACUUUAUUGUUCAAAUGAGAAAAAAGCAAGGCAUCAUUGUUAGAAACUUUGUUAUCAUUUUACAAAAAGAGGUGGGAGGAGGACGAAGUCCAUAGCUUGUUUGGAAGAAGGCACGGAAGUAUCUGGUUACUUAUAAACACAGGAUUCAAACAGGUCAAUUAAUUUCACAUAAAUUCAUUCACUGAAUAAUGAACAAGCUGUGUGUUUUCUUUUCAACUUGUCUGAGCUGGCAGACCUAGCUGAAUCCUAAACACAGAAAAUUUUUAAAACAUGAAGGUUUAAUCUAAUGUCACCUUUAAGAACAUUUGUAAAACCCACUGCUUGCUAAAAUAAAUGACCAUAGAGCGGAUCCUUGCCUGAUCACUUUUCAAUGGCCUAUGUUUCUUCAGAGUCACCUCUCUUAGAAAGUCUUUGUUAAAGAGUUGUAAGCCUUUAACCAAACCAACAAGCUAUGAGACAAAUCAAUUCAUUACCAACUUAGAUUUAAAGCAAAGUAUUAAUUAAGCUACAAUCAUCAGGCAACUGCAUUGAAGCAGACUGUGGUAAAUAGAAAACACUACUCAAAUUUACUGUUGAAUCAAUUCAUUUAUAUUUUCAAUUCUGGUUCCAUUAUGUGCAGCAGAAUGACACACUUCACCUUUAAGAAUCAUAAGCUGUCGUAUUGAAUUAGUUGUUAAUUGUGCUCAGAGCACUAAACUCAGUCCUAGAUGUUUCAGAACUUUGAUGUCUUUAAAUGUGUGUGCUAUGUAAAAAUAGUUGCCACUUUCAGAACUCUAUCAAAUCCUAAGAGCAUGCUGUUUCAAAUGUUUUCACAGUCAUUGUGACUUUUGAACACCUCUUCUGUCAGUGUGUGAGAGUGUGUAUAGGUUCGUAUGUGGGUGUGUGAUUGUUUGUAUGUGUUUAUAUGCUGUUAGGUCUCCUGUGUUCUUCCUGCUAUCAGGUUUUGAAACUAAAAGAAAGGGACUUUAAAAGAUUGCUGUAAAGCACAAUAUUCAAACUAAGUGUGCAAGGGUGAGUGUGUGUGUGCUAUUACAGUGUAUGUGUGAGACAUAAUGUGUGUGAUUGUAUCACUGCAUGUGUCCUGAUUGUUGAUGUCUGAUCCUUUUAAUUAGACUGAAAUGAUAUUGAAUAAAAUAAAUAGAUGAACUUUAAUUCAGAGGCCUUCUCCAGCAGAGCAUAUUGAAAUUGAGAUGUAUGUUAUAUUGCAGAGUAAAUCAAUAAAUUAAAAUCUUAUCUGAA